AAUAUAGCACAGUUCCUUUACCACACUUUAUUUUUGACUGCCUGUGAGUUUGACAAGGAAGUAAUUUGUAACGUUUUCAAAAUGAAACGAUCUGUAAACAGUCCCAGAACUGGGACGUUCACAACACUUCCCAUACUCAACUUGCCGGUACAUGUCCAGCUUGGUGGGCGAUCGCAGCCCAUACAUGAAGAAAGUUCAAAAAGGAGACCCGGCGCGUGAUCCCGUCACACAGCUGGUCGCACCAUUCCUGAGCAUCUGAUGGAAGGAAUAGAGAUGCAGCCUGCAAGUAAAUGUUCACAGAACUUAACAAAGUUACCGCUGUGGAUCAUAGAGUAUAGCUGGGCUCACAAGAUGAUGGAAGUACAGGAAGUUGUGGAUCCCUGCAAUUGGCCAGAGGUGGACUCCCAGCCUCUGAACCUUGAAGAUUCCUGGAGGCUGCGUGUCGCCUCUGCUCGGGUGUAUUCCACCGUAAAGAACAGGGACAUGGAGCACUUUGAGAGAGCGCUGGGCUUUCUGGAAGCCACUUACAGACUUCUACCCAGACUGGUGUCUCCCAUCAAACACAUGAAGAUCAUGUUUGGCCUCAAGACCAUGGUGAUUAUGUGGAUGCUCAGAGAGGGCCGAGGAAUGGUUGAUACUGUGUUUAAAAUCAGCAAGUUCUUCCCAAGUAAACUCCCUCAAUACCAAGAUCAAUGUAGCCAACAUAAAAUAUUCCUAAUGAGGAAGAACCACCUGGACUUCAAGGCUCUGGCACAAGUACUUGCUUUGGACAAGGACACAUGUAAAGAUUAUGUUAAGAAUCGGAUGGAGGAGCAGUAUGGUGAACAUUAUGCCCAGAAAGUAGAGGACAGACUUCUGCACUAUCUGCACGAGUUGGAGACUGUGUUACCAGGAGAUACCUUCAUUGAUAAGUUACUGAAGAAGGAAAUCCCUGCGUCUGAGGAGGAGAAGCUAUUGUUGGAAGCAAUUACCUCUGACUCCAUGAACAUAGCAACAACUCUGAAGAAACUGCUGCGCUGCGAUGUUGUUUCCUGUCGUCGGGGCAAGAUUUCUCAGUCAUCGGCACAUGGAAUGAAUGGAUUGGAAAACUCUCAACUCUCAAAGUCUGUUCUCUUUGGCAGUUCUUCAAAGGCUCUCCUCCAAACAGAGGAGGAUGGUGAGGUAGUCAAGAGGGUGGAGGAAGACAGUGGUGACAAGGAAAAUAAAGAAUUCAGUGAGAGUAGCAGUGAACACGUUCAGGAAGCCGCCUCCUCCCCUCAGUUCUGCUCUAAACACCAAAGAUGGGUGAGGAGCAUCCUGCAGGAGUGCUCAGAAGAGCUGCCGCUUCAAGCCAAUGUUUCUUUGUCUCCCUUACUGUUCCAGUCUUCCUCAUCCAUCACUUCAUCACAGGACCUCACACCCUCUGACCUCAUUCCUUGCCCCCCUGACCAACAGCCUUCAAAGACCUCCACCCAUCUUCCGACAGCAGCUCAGGCAUCUGAACAAGCAAACCCCAAAGAUGAGCAGAGCGCUGGAUCAGCAAGUGAUGCGUCUCAAACAGAACUUAUGCUACAGCCGUCUUCGUCCAGAGACACUCGGCUGCCUAUUCUGUUGUCGCCGGUGGUCCGACUGAUAGACAUUGCCUCCAUCAGAAUGAUCUACCAUUCCUUUAAACCCCAUCAAGCUCCUCUAAAUCCCUGCACCAUGUACAGUAACAAACAUACAUUUUCGACUUCUAGUCUUCAGAUGCUAACCUCUCCACACCGCCCUACUUUAGGGAACAAUGCUCUACCACGAGGAACGAUGAAACAGUCUGUGCUCGGUCAACCCGACACUGUGGUCCCAACAAAUCCCCAGAACACAACAUACAAAUCAGCUCCUGUAUCUCAAGAUGCACCUACCUCUACCAGAUGUCAAACACCAAUACAACAAUCUUUUUCCAAACUUUCAACAAAGUCCAGAAAGGCUUGUACUACCGCCAGACAUUCACAAGCUCUGGACAGAUUCAGUGUUUCUGGGCCUCCAACAGAAGAAGCUUCUACCUCUACUUCCCCUUCAGGGACUCUAUCCUCAGUCUGUGCUGAUAUCCAAUUCCCUUUAUCUUCUGUAUCAUCUCGACAAGUUGUCCCUCAGAACUCCAUAAAACCUCAUCCUCAUACACCCCAUAUCAGUCCUUUUCAAUCAAAGACCUUACCAUGCUCCACUGUCAUCUCCUCGGCCUCCAACUCUGAUCGCCUGGUUGUCAGGUCUGAGACCAGCAGAGUCCAGAGAGCUGAGCUGAGGUUAUCACUGGCAAGUCAGGCUGUGUUGCUGCAGUCUAAGUUGCUCCAGCCCUACGUGACACUUAACAGACUGAGCGUUCAGGAGUGUUACAGAGUGACAAAGUGGAGAUCCUCCACCAGAUAUGCAGAGCCUGUGGUACAAGGCAGCAAUGAUGACAAUGAUGAGGACAGGAGGGUAGAGGAGGAAAAAGAUGCAGGUUCUCUUGAUUUGAACACUCUUUACACCAGUCAAUCCUCAAGUAGUGACGAGGACUCACUUGAUUGCGACCCUGAUUACAAGCCUUGCUUUAAAAAGAAAAGACUUCUCUUAGAGUAUGAAACUGCAAGGAGCCUGCAUCAUGUAUGAGAACAUUCUAACAUGCGGACUACAGCCUUACUACAGCCUGACUUACUGUAUACAGGCUUUUUAGCAGCAAUACGGAUAUCGAUAUUUAGAGUUUAAGAACUCAGGUAAUGAUUUAUUGGCCAAGAGUACAUUUUAUACAACUUUGAUAUGGAUCCAUUAGAUACAUUUAAAAAAAGAAUCGUGACCAAGUUGCAUAAGCGGAACAUUUUACAUCAAACUUAAAAUGAAAUCAACUUUCUCAACGUGCUCUAUGGUCUAUAAACAAAGUAAUGGUGACGCUGUUUCUAAAUGACAACAAACCUACCGCCCACCAUCUUUUGUCAGUUCUCAAUUAUUAUCGUAGCAUUUCUCUUAAAUAUUUGGGUGUUUUGUAAUAAAAGAAAAUGGUUUAUCACUGUAGAUUUGUUGACAAAUCAGAAUAAAUAACCUUGUGGGGUUUUCAGCAGAGAUGUUUUCUGUGGGUCAGUCGGUCGGUCCAGCAACACUUUGGUCCAGAAUGAAAUAUCUCUACAACUGUUAAAUUGAUUGCCAUGACAUUUUUGAAGGCUGGCAGUGCUGUAGAAUCAUAGUGUAAUGGUCAUUUUUAUCCUGACUUGUACUCUCCUAUUCUUUUAGUAUGCUCAUUUAUGUUUGUCCUACUUGCAGUGAUUAGGACCAGAGCACACUCUGGUCAUGUUCCCCUUGUAUUCUUGUAUCUCUUAAUGUGUCAGCUUGCAUUCCUAUAUCUCUAGAUGUGUCAGCUUGUACCUCUUGUAUCAGCUAGAUGUGCGUAGUUGCACACACACCCGAUUGUCUGUAAACAUUGUCACCCACUUGGCCACUAUAUAAUCUAAUUGUAUUCUCUGUUCGUAGAGCUUCAUGGUAGAGUGUUUGAACGUCACACUAGACCGUUUGACACUUUGUUUUGUUGUUCCAUUUCUGCAGAAAUAAAGAGCUCACUUCUUUAA